AACUGAUAAAGGAGGUCAAUUUUUUACAGUACAGUUGCGCUCUGAAGCUACUUAAAAGAAACGGCAUGAGAAUUAAAGGGGAUAAAAAGGAAAUGGACCAUCUCCCUACAACACCUGUAAUGUAAUCCAAGCCUGGAAACAAAAUGAUGGAGUCUUGAUAAAGAAAUACAAAUCCUGAGUUUCUAAUCUAUGGAUAUAUAUCACCAUCUUUUAGAAUCAAAGAUGCUGCUAUAGUGAUUGUGCUGCCUCCUUUAAAGGAAGGUAGGACUUAACAAACUAAUGCACUGUCUUCAGUUUUUCCUGCACUGGUUUUAUAUGUAAUUUCUCUUUCUUGUUUAGGGUUGCAGCUAAAAGACAAUAAAACUAGAAAUGGAACCCUUAUAUGAGGAAUACCUAGCAAAUCGUGGAACAAUAGUAAAACCUUAUUACUGGUUAAAUUUCUCUCUAGAUUGCUCUAAUUGCCCUUACCAUAUUCGGACAGGUGAGGAAGCAAGAGUGCCCUACACAGAAUUUUCUCAGAUUUUUGGAUUCCCUUAUGGACCAACACAUUCUCAGACAAAACACCUCAUACUUUAUGAACUAAAAACUUCUUCUGGAAGCCUGAUACAAAAAGGCCACGCUAGCAGUUGCACUGGAAAUCACGUCCAUCCAGAAUCAAUGCUAUUUGAGGUGAAUGGUUAUCUCAACUCAGCCAUAAACAGCAACAACAUCAUCAGGCAUAUCAUUCUGUAUUCCAACCACUCACCUUGUAAUGAAGCUAACCACUGCUGCAUCAGCAAAAUGUACAAUUUCCUGAUAAUGUAUCCAGAUAUCACGCUUAGUAUUUAUUUUUCUCAGCUCUAUCAUACUGAGACUGACUUUCCUGCCUCAGCGUGGAACCGGGAAGCUCUCCGGAGCCUGGCCAGCUUAUGGCCACAGGUCACUUUGAGCCUAAUAAGUGGUGGGAUUUGGCAUUCUCUCCUCAACAAUUUUGUAAGUGGUAUCGCAGGAUCAACCGUGUUCCAGCCCAUUUUAACCAGGAGAGCACUGGCUGACAGGCACAAUGCAUAUGAAAUAAAUGCCAUAACAGGAGUGAAACCUUAUUUCACUGAAGUUCUUCACCAGGCAAAAGAGAAUCACAAUACAAAAGCUCAGUCAACUUUAGAGAGUUACCCCUUAAACAAUGUCUUUGUUGGACAGUCUUCUCCAGUGACUAGUGGACAACUACAACUCAACCUGACCCCAGACUUCAGGGUUCCUGUCAUGUUUGUGCUGGUGCCUUUCAGAGACAUACCACCAAUUCAUGUGGGUCAAAACCCACAUAAACCCAGGAAUGUUGUAAGGCACUUAAAUAUGCCUCAAAUGUCAUUCCAGGAAACCAAGGCCCAUGGAAGGCCUCCCAAUGGAAGUCCAGCAGAGAUAGUGGAAAUCACAGAACAGUUUGCAAAUAGCAAAGAGGCAAAUGAAAAGAAGAAAAAGAAAGGGAGAAAAUAAAAGCUUUAUUUCUAUAGCAUGAAACCAAACAAUUAUCAGAGGACUUAUCAGACAGUCAACAAAAAUCUGGAAACUUUCUUUCUUAGAUCUGAUUCCCAGAUGGAGAUAAAAAGCAAAACCUAAAUUAUUUUCUAUAUCAACUAUUACAAAGCUAUACUAUUUUUUAACAAAUCUAAAAUGUUUCCAUGAGCAACUUGUUUCCUCUGCUUUAUUCUGAAAGUGACUGUAUCAAAAUAGAGCCAUUAGUACCUUGCUAAUACUUUGGUGCAGAAAAGUAAUGCCAUUAUCCUAGCCUACCCACAUCAUCUUUCCACUGAAAAAAGCUCAUGGACUAAAUAGCUUCCUAAAUUAGUUUCAUUAUAAAACUUUACUGUAAAAAUUGGAAAACAGCCUGAAGUAACUGACAGUAAGUGGUGUUUACAAGAGCAAACCAGUGAUUUUCCAUUAAUUGUUAAUCAUGGACAGACGAUUUCAGGCAGCCCACUUUUCCUAAAGUGAUUCAAAAUAGUGUUUUGGGGGGGGAGGGCAGCUUUUCUGCUAAUUGAUUAGAUACACCUACAAAAAUUGAUUUUGGAAACAUAGCCACCCUCUCAGUUUGAUCUUUCCCAGCUCAGACCUCUCCCUACCCCCAAGCAGAGGAUGGAGGCAGGAUGAUACACAAGAAUCUCCAAGGGCAACCUCCAUCACAUGCCUAUAAAAUCUAAGUCAUUCUUACUGGCUCCUCCUUUACCUUCCUGGUGUCUUGUCUCAUCAGCAAGACUAUUAGCUCUUACAGGGCAAACACUCUCUCCUCUUAGGUGUUCCGCUUAGGAUCUAGCACAGUCUCUAAGCAAAAUGUGGACGGUAAGACUGUGAAUCUACAUCUCAAUAACUUCAAAAAAUCACUACUCCCCAAAAUCCCUUCUCCACUCCAUUCAAGUGCCUGCUUAACUGCCUUGCAAUGGACAUCUUUUGCUUUUGUUAGCACCCAUUACCCUUUCUAUGAUAGAACUCCCCAAUGCAUAAUUUGUAUGUUUUCCUUCCCUUUUUUUCUGACCCUUUUUUCAUCACCAGUUCAUAUCUGUACCUUCUCUUAAAAUCUUGUUCAAAACAUAUUUAUUCUAGGUGCUCCCUGAGUAAACUUCUGAGCAUUUACAUGAAUGCACUUUGCUUAUGCUAUAUUAAUUCACGUUAGCUGCCUCACUUCCUUCUUGGGAAAGGUAUAGAUGCAUUACAACAAAAAUGGACAUUUAUUUGUAACUUGCUAUUAAAAUUGCAUUCUUAAUAGAUGUAAAACUUAGUGCUAAGCUAAUAACAUGGUCAUUAGCAGAAACAACCUGGAAGAAAAAAAACUGAAACACAUAAUAACUCCAUUCAAUCAAUCAGAAAG